AUGGCAUUUCUCGAUACACUUAUUGCAAAAAUGAAUGAUGAACAAAUGUCAAUUGAUGAUGUACAAGAAGAAGUCGAUACAUUAAUGUUUAGAGGACAUGAUACAACAGCAACUGCACUUAAUUUUACUUUAUUUAUGAUUGCACUUCAUCAGGAUAUUCAACAACGUUUAUUUGAAGAAAUUCAAAGCAUAUUUGAAAAUGAUAAUGAACGUGCAUGUACAUUUGAUGAUGUUCAACAAAUGAAUUAUCUUGAAUGUGUUAUUAAAGAAACAUUACGACUUCUACCAUCCGUUCCUAUAAUUGGACGAGAAAUUCAAGAAACUUUUCAAUAUGAUGGUAAAACAUUUUUGAAAGGUACAACAGCUGUAAUCUUUAUCUAUGAAAUUCAUCGUGAUCCACAAUUUUUUCCUGAACCAGAAAAAUUUGAUCCUGAUCGAUUUUUACCUGAACUAACUCAACAACGACAUCCUUAUGCAUAUAUUCCAUUUUCUGCUGGUCCACGAAAUUGUAUUGGUCAACGUUUUGCUUUGCUUGAAGAAAAAGUGUUUCUUUCAGCAAUAAUUCGUCGAUUUCAUCUAACAACAAGUCAAACUUAUAAAGAUUUUGUACCAACUGAACAAAUAAUUCUUCGUUCUGAUAAUGCACUCAAAGUCAAACUUAUAUCACGUGCAUAA